ACGAUGUCUUUUUCACAGCUUGGCUAUCCUUACAACACGUCUUCUCAGUUUUUCGUCUCAGCCACCUCUAGCACCACUUGCUGUGACUCAGGGACCCGAUCCGUCUCCGAUGUGUCCUCGGGAUCUUCUUCCCAAACGGCCACCCUCUGCUGCCCCUCUUACGAGAACAGGCUGUUGGCCGGCUCCAGGACAGACCUCAAUGCGGCGCUGGGGAUGUACAGCUCGCCCUACGCAGCUGCGGCUGGCCAAAGUUACGCCAAUUACCUUCCGUACGGAGCGGAUCCGUCCACACUGUAUACCACGCUGAACUCCCAGUACGACAUCAAGGACGGCGCCUCCGCUUUGCACGCGGGGAUUGCACAGCCCACGGCCGCCGCCUACUACACCUACGAGCAUUCCUUUGGGCAGUACCAAUACGACAGAUAUGGAACAGUGGAUUUUAGCAGCUCAGCCAGACGCAAGAAUGCCACCCGAGAGACCACUAGCACUUUGAAGACGUGGCUGUAUGAGCACCGGAAAAACCCCUACCCUACCAAAGGAGAGAAGAUCAUGCUGGCCAUCAUCACCAAGAUGACCCUCACUCAGGUCUCUACCUGGUUCGCCAAUGCUCGGAGAAGGCUCAAGAAAGAGAAUAAGAUGACCUGGUCUCCAAAAAACAAAGCAGGUGAAGAGAGGCGAGAGGAUGGUAGAAGGAAUGGGGAAGACUGUGGCAGUGAAAAUGAAAGCAAAGAUCCCAAAAGAUGCAAAGAAGAAAAGGAAUUGCAGCUGAGCGAUCUGGAGGACUUGGACGAGGAGGAGGCUGAAAUCAAGCUGGAGGCUGAACCGAAGCAUCCACACCAAGAAGGCCCCGGUGUGGGCAGCACCUUGGCUGAGACAGAAAAAAACAACUGCAGCCUUAGCCUGCCCAACCACUUCCAGGCCUUCUCCUGUGCCAAAGGUGACUCGGCAGUUACAGGGGACUUCCUUGGCCACAAGGGAGGAGCCACCUUGGUGAGUGGCCUUGGAAAUCAUGGACAACCCUACGAAGCCCCUGAGAAGCCCAGGAUCUGGUCCUUAGCUCACACAGCGGGGGCCAAUGUGAUUGUGGGACCCAUGAGCCAUCCUGCUCAAAGGACAGAGAGCCCUGACUGUUUGGUGCUCAGGGGAAGGCCCCCUGGGGCUGUGGGACAAUGCGGUGAAGAGAGGCCCCUGGGCAGCCUUGUGAGAACACAGUCUAUUCAUGACAAGGCCUUGGAGGAGCUGGCCCAACCGACCAAGAUCUUUAAGAAUUCAACCUUCAACCUGCAGUCCAUCUCUUUAAACUAUGCUUCCUAUCCCAUGCUGGGCUCAUGA